AUGGAAGUAUUCUCUGUGCUUUCCUGCAAGUGGUGUACCCACUGGCAGGGGCUCCUGCUCACAGCCUCCCUUUUAACCUACUGGCACUUGCCUACCACUGCUCAAAUAACCAUUGAAUUAGUGCCACCCCAAGUGGUUGAAGGAGAAAAUGUUCUCAUACGUAUUGACAAUCUGAGAGAGAAUAAUAUAACCUUGGCCUGGUAUAGAGGAAUGAGUAUUAAAAGCCCUCAAAUUGGACAAUAUACACUGGCCACUAAUGUUACUGAGCUGGGGCCUGGUCAUAGUGGUAGAGAGACUUUGUACAGCAACGGAUCCCUGCAGAUCUACAAUGUCACCCAGGAGGAUAUAGGAUUCUACAGCCUACGGAUCAUAAACAGUCAUGCAGAAAUUGUAUCAAUAGCAUCUAUAUACCUCAACGUGUACUCCUCCCUUUUAACCUACUGGCACUUGCCUACCACUGCUCAAAUAACCAUUGAAUUAGUGCCACCCCAAGUGGUUGAAGGAGAAAAUGUUCUCAUACGUAUUGACAAUCUGAGAGAGAAUAAUAUAACCUUGGCCUGGUAUAGAGGAAUGAGUAUUAAAAGCCCUCAAAUUGGACAAUAUACACUGGCCACUAAUGUUACUGAGCUGGGGCCUGGUCACAGUGGUAGAGAGACUUUGUACAGCAACGGAUCCCUGCAGAUCUACAAUGUCACCCAGGAGGAUAUAGGAUUCUACAGCCUACGGAUCAUAAACAGUCAUGCAGAAAUUGUAUCAAUAACAUCUAUAUACCUCAACGUGUACUCACCUCUUUGGAGAUGUGAGCACCAUUCUCCCUAUGCCAAGCUCACCGUUGAAUCAGUACCACCCAGAAUUUCUGAAGGAGAAAGUGUUCUUCUACUGGUUCAUGGCCUCCCAAGGAAUCUUCUAUCUCUUUUCUGGUACAAAGGUGUGUUUGCGGUGAAGAAAUUUGAGAUCGCCAAACACAUAAAAGCCACAAAUUCAAGUGUUCCAGGGCCUGCACACAGUGGUCGAGAGACAGUAUACAGCAAUGGAUCCCUGCUGCUCCACCAAGUCACGCAGAAUGAUACUGGAUUUUAUACUCUGAGAACUAUGAGUACAGAUCUCAAAGAUGAAGUAGCACGUGUGCAGCUCCAGCUGGGCACCUCCUUUUCUACUUGCUGUAACUCUUUCCAAGUCAAGAUCGAGCCAGUUCCUCAGAGUGUUGCUGUAGGGCAAAGUGUUCUUCUAUUAGUUCAUAAUUUGCCAGAAGACUUUCAAUCAUUUUUCUGGUACAAAUCAGCAUAUAGGACAAAUACAUUCAAAAUUGCGGAACAUAAGAGAACCAUGGAUUCCACCAUCAUGGGGACUGCAUACAGUGGAAGAGAGUUGGUAUACACCAAUGGAUCCAUGCUGAUACAUCAUGUCACUGAGAAGGAUGCAGGAUUGUACAUGCUAGAAAUUUUAAGCAAAGACUUCAAAAUUGAAAAAAUCCACGUUCAACUCCAUGUAAAUACUUUGCAUCUAGCCCCUGUUUCAAACUCCAAGGAUCCUAUUUCCACUGCUCAUCCCAGUAUUGAAUCAGUGCCACCCAGGAUUGCUGAAGGGGAAAGUGUUCUUCUACUGGUUCACAAUCUCCCAAAAAAUCUUAUGUCCCUAUUUUGGUAUAAAGGGGUGUUUGCAGAGAAGAAAUUUGAGCUCACACAACACAUAAGAGCCACAAGCUCAAGCACGCAAGGGCCUGCACACAGUGGUCGAGAAACAGUGUACAGCAAUGGAUCCCUGCUGCUCCACAAUUUCACACAGAAUGAUAUCGGAUUCUAUACUCUACGAACUAUGAGUACAGAUCUCACAGAUCAAGUAGCACAUGUGCAACUCCAGCUGGACACCUCUACUUGCUGUAACCUCACCUCUGACCAACUCAAGAUUGAACCAAUACCUCAGAAUGUUGCUGUAGGGAAAAGUGUUCUUCUCCUAGUUUAUAAAGUGCCAGGAGAAAUUCAGACAUUUUUUUGGUACAAAUCAGUGUAUAGGACAGAUAAAUUUAAAAUUGCAGAAUACAGCACAGCCGUGAAAUCUACUAUCUGGGGUCUUGCACACAGCGGAAGAGAGAUGGUGCACCUGAAUGGAUCCAUGCUGAUCCAGAAUGUUACUGAGAAUGAUGCAGGAUUAUAUAUGUUAGAAAUUUUACAUAAGGACUUCAAAACUGAGAGAGCCUACGUGCAAGUUCAUGUAAAUAACCCUGUUUCAUGGCCCUUCGUGCGAGUCACUGACACCAUGGUCAGAGUACAGAGCUCAGUGGUCUUCACUUGCUUCUCAACUGACCCUGGAGUCUCCAUCCGUUGGCUCUUCAAUAAGCAGAGUCUGCAGCUUACAGGGAGGAUGACCCUGUCCCCAUCAAAGUGCAAACUCAGUAUAGAUCCUGUCAGGAGGGAGGAUGCUGGAAAGUAUCAAUGUGAGGUCUCCAACCCAGUCAGUUCAAAGACCAGUCUCCCAGUCAGUCUGACAGUGAUCGAAGAGUGA